AAUACCAAUUUGACGCAACCAGUCAACUGUCUGCAACAAUGUAAGCAGCUGUAAUUGUGUUGCCACUGUGGCAGCUGAACCGAUGCUUUUGGCAACUCAACAGCUCUACGCUGAUUGGUCAGCGGUGGGGUUCGAUGCAGAUGAUGUCAUCCACUGACAAGGCUCGCUGAGCUAGACAGAGCGAGAGAAACAGAAACGGUCAAAGGGAGAAGUUAGCAUCGCGUUGACUUAAAAUAGCAUUUUUUUUGUCGCUGAAAGGCGGUGACAGCAACUCAAGGCGUUAUCAAACACUCAGAUAUCACCUCUAUCGGGAAAUUCCGCUUCUAUGAUGUGUUGUUAAGCUGCCAUUCACCGCUGAGGAAACGCCAGUCUCCGUGUGUUAAAGGCUGUCCGCAUACUCAGCUACUGUAUAGAAGACCCGUCAGACCAUGAACUACGUGGGCCAGUUGGCGGGCCAGGUGUUUGUCCAGGUCAAAGAGCUGUACCGAGGCCUCAAUCCCGCCACCCUUUCUGGCUGCAUUGAUGUCAUCGUAGUGAGACAGCCCGAUGGAUCCCUGCACUGCUCACCUUUCCAUGUUCGCUUCGGCAAAAUGGGAGUCCUCCGCUCCCGAGAGAAAGUGGUGGACAUGGAGAUCAAUGGAGAACCAGUGAAUCUCCAUAUGAAGCUUGGGGACAACGGAGAAGCAUUCUUUGUGCAAGAAACAGAAAAUGACGAGGAAGUGGUUCCGUCCUACCUGGCCACCUCUCCGAUCUUGUCGGAUGGAGCCAUUCUGAUGAGCUCCUCCCUGAUGGGGAAAUGCUCCGGGCCAACCAUACAAACCCUGGGCUCCUCGGGGAGCACGGGAGAGACUGGAAGUGUGGGGAUGAAGAAGAGGAGGAAGAGGAGGAAGAAGACUCGGGCGGACAGUUUGAGGAGAGAGGAGAGUGGGGACUACUCCGAGGAUGAAGACAUGUUCACCAUAGACAUCAGCUCAGAUGAAAUGACGAAGAUGGAGAGCAACAGGCAGAGUGCAACAAGUUCAGGCAUGAUCUCUGUGGGUCUAAAAUGGGUGAAAAGUGAAAGGACUUCAUCUCGGGACGUUUUAAGAGAUGAGACAACAGGCGGCUCUUUCAAACAGACUGGCAUCUACACUCGUUCAGAUGGAGAGUGGAGCCCUAUUGAGAGCCCUGGAAACUCUCGUCCCACCUCUUCCAAGAGCGACUCUGAACUAAUGAGCAAGCCGUCAGACAAUCAGAAUCCAACCAUGCACUGGGCAUGGGGAGAGCUGCCACAGGCUGCCACGCCAUCCUUCCUUCCAGUGAAAUCCAACCAUCAACCAGUGUGCCCAGUAUCCAUCCCUUUUUCUGAAAGCACACACUUCCGUGUGAUAACUCAUGAGACGUCUUCAGAACAGUGCGGACCCUGCUCAGAAAUAUCAGCACUCACACUGCUGAUGCCAGAGGAGACCAGUGAGGAGACAGUUGAAAUGGAGUCCGAAUCCGUGAGGAUGGAGACCCAGACAGCCGGAGGUGCGGCAGCUUGUAUGUCUGACAUGGAGGAGACAAUGUCUCGUCCACCAGGAAAGACAGACUCUCCAUCCAAGAGAAAAGACAAGAGAAGCCGCCAUCUUGGUGCUGAUGGAAUUUACCUGGAUGACAUCACAGAGCUCGAGCCUGAAGUGGCGGCCCUUUAUUUCCCUAAGAGUGACAGUGGUGCAGCAGUGAGGAGCAUCUCAGACCCGGGCCUCCACAGCAGCAGUCUGUCCCCACAGUCGCUCAGCUCUGGAGGGGACAGCGGAGUGGAUAGCUACUGCGACCCCUUGGCUGACAUGCCGUCUAUCGCCAUCUCCUUGUGUGGAGGACUCAAUGACAACAGGGAGAUCACUAAAGAGCAGUUCCAUGAGAAGAUCAUCUCUUACCAGCAGUUUUCGGAAAACCCCUCCAUCAUCGACGACCCCAACUUAGUUGUGAAAAUUGGCUCCAAAUACUAUAAUUGGAGCUCUGCAGCUCCACUUAUGCUGGCUAUGCAGGCCUUUCAGAAACCGCUGCCAAAGGCUGCAGUGGAGAACAUCAUGAAGGAGAAGAUGCCCAAGAAAGGAGGGAGGUGGUGGUUCUCCUGGCGAGGCAGAAACAGCAGCACCAAAUCGGAUUCCGUCUCUGAGCGUGGGGCCGGUGGCUACGAUGAGCAGGCUGGGAAAAUGUCAAGCAGACACAAAGAAGAGUCGUCCUCUAGUGAUGAAGACCACAGAGCAGCCAAACAGAGCUCUGCCACCAUCCAAUCAGAGCCUGGGCUCACACCAGGAGGCGUGACCUAUAAGAAAACACUUCGACUCACAUCAGAGCAGCUGCUGUCUCUCCAGCUGCAGGAUGGUCCUAACGAUGUUGUGUUCAGCGUGACCACUCAGUACCAGGGAACCUGUCGCUGUCAGGGCACCAUCUACCUCUGGAACUGGGACGACAAGAUAAUUAUCUCUGACAUAGAUGGAACCAUCACCAGGUCGGACACACUGGGCCAUAUCCUGCCCACACUGGGGAAAGACUGGACCCACCAGGGCAUUGCACAACUCUACCACAAAGUCAGCCAAAAUGGCUACAAGUUCCUGUACUGCUCAGCUCGAGCUAUCGGCAUGGCUGACAUGACCAGAGGUUACCUACACUGGGUCAACGAGAGAGGCACCAUGCUUCCUAUAGGCCCCGUCCUUCUCAGCCCGAGCAGCCUCUUUUCAGCUCUGCACAGGGAAGUGAUCGAGAAGAAACCAGAGAAAUUCAAGGUGGAGUGUCUCAACGAUAUCAAGAACCUCUUCUACCCCAACACACAGCCAUUCUAUGCAGCGUUUGGCAACAGACCAACGGAUGUAUAUUCCUAUAAAGAAGUAGGAGUGCCUCUAAACAGGAUUUUUACAGUAAACCCUAAAGGAGAGCUAGUGCAGGAGCAUGCCAAGACCAACAUCUCAUCUUACGUCCGUCUGGGUGAGGUGGUGGACCAUGUGUUUCCUCUGAAGAUGCGGGCCUCCUCCUCAGACUUCCCCUGCUCAGACACCUACAGCCACUUCACCUACUGGAGGCAGCAGCUCCCCCGGGUGGACCAUCAGGACACUACACCUCCACAGUCUCCCCGUCCCAGCAGCUGACUACCCGUGGCCUGCAGAGCAGCUCCUAGCAGGCAGAGCACUGAUGGUGUGAUGGUUACAUGUGUGUGAUAUGAAUCUGUAGAUGUUUGUAGAAGAUGUAGCACUUUGAGAUCACAGAGAGAGCGAGAGAGAGAGAGCUGCUGUGAAAACUCUUAUAACGCACAAGAUGGAUGUAAGCGCACUUUUAUGAAAAGACGGCCUCUGUAGCCUUCUGACUAGAUGUAUGUAUAUGAGAAAUUAUAAUAAUUUAUUCAGGCAGCUUAGCACAUAUGUUAUUUUUGAGUGAGUCUUGACAUUAUUUAGGUAGCUAAAGGUAGCUUUCUAGGCAGACAGUUGCAUUCUGUAUCUAACAGAUGAUAUGGCAUCUGUUCAAAAGUGCAUCACAGAGACACACUGUGCACACAUAAGAGAGCAAGUUACUUAAACUUGUGCCAAAUACUCAAUGUAGAAUUUAUUUUCGUACUUCGUAUUUCGUUUUUUCAGUCCAGACUGUUACAGAUCCUCAAUCAGCAUGGAAAUGCAGAUUAUAUAUAAAUACAUGCAGGCUAAUUUGACUUUAUAGCAACAUAUGUGUAUGUAAUCUAAUAUUCUGUUUGAAAAAAAUCAGUAUUAGUUACAUAUUACAUUAAAAUGUAUUACAGAGCACAAUGACCGAAUGAUCAUCUAUGUAGCUUGACAUUAUCCUGACAGAGGGUGCAUUAUAAAGACGGUUUGGAAUGAGUAUUUAUUGUUGAGACAAAGUAAUGCUGACAGGAGAACAGAAAGCAAAACAUUUCCAGUGGUCAAAAUCAAGAGUAUCUGUGGGAGGAAUUGCUAAAUCAUUUUUGUUUUUCUAUUGAGAUCCACACUGUCUAUAUGUUGUGAUCAGAAUGUCAUUUCUGUUGUGGCCUUCAUGAAACACCUUUUAAUUUAUCCAGUUCAUACAAUAUGUUCCACUCUCUAAGAUGAUUUCCAUAAAUGCCAUUGAGUAUAUUUUAUUCAUUCAUCUGAUGACAUUACUGUACUUCCAUGCCCUUGUAAUGUCACUUAAAGCAAAACCCUUAUUGGACUACAUAGCUUAGAGCGGACAGUAGGCCACGGUAUUAAAAGGAAUGUUUUACCUUUUUUCUAAGUUACAGACACUCGUAAAGUGAUCUUUAUUUCUUACAAUACCACAGAUAACCUGAGGUCAUAUACAGUAUAUGUACAGGAGCUGCUAUCACGGUAACCUGCCUAAUAUAUCAGUGGUUUUACUGUGAACAUAACUAUCUGAACAGUAUCAUCAUAUCAAGUAAGCCUGCAGUUUAUAAAAGAGGAUGUGUGUAUAUAAUGCUUUUAUUAUUCUUUCCAUGAAAGAGCUAAACAUAGCCUGAAAGCGUAUUAUCUUUGCCUUAACUGUGAACAAUAUGAUCAAGAAUUUGUUCAUUUACUCUCUCCACCCCUUCUCUUGACCAGUUCACUGUUACAUUUAUGUAAUCAAACUUAUUAAAAAAAUGCCUUGGU